UGAUUUAUUAAUGGCAUAUAAUAUCUACAAAAUUUGUAUCCAUAAAAAUCAUUAUUUCAAAAAACAAAAAUCAAAAAAAUCAACUGAAAAACUUUGUAAAAAAUUCAAAAAAGUAAUUGAAAAAGAACACGAGUUCGAAUAUAUCUCUCAGGAGGUGGCUGAUUUUAUGGGGACGGGGUUGCGGUGUUCUUUAUUAUGGGAACGUGGGUGGUCCAUAAGUUGUCCUCUAGGAAUGAGGACAAUCCCUAACAGGGCUGGGCUAAUUUCACAUUUCGCGUUUCGCAUUUUUCACUUUUCUUAG